AUGUCGACCGUUGCCAAGAGCUACCAUAAAUCCGCUGAUCCGGUCGUGGCUUACACAUCGGAGGUUAGUUAUUUUUGAUGCCAAAAAAGGUGGUGUUUCAAUGCUCUUCUUUUUCGUAUUCUAUAGCCUGACGAGGUCCUCGUUCCAAAGAACACUUUCAAAAUGACCGAGAAAAAUAGAAUUACGAAAUAGAACUGCGCUGGCCAAACAAAAAAGAAGAAGAGAAAACGGGCAGAUCAAACUGUGUGCUGAUGGCGAAAAGAACAAACUAACUUUCUUUCAGCACACAACAGUCCAAUCGCCGCUGCAAGUAGAGCUCCAGAAGGAGACACUCGCCAAUGCUCCGCACGCCGGUAUGCUCGGAGCCCCCGAGGUGCUCACCUUCGGCCAGAACUUUAUCCGCUCUUUCGGCGGAAAGCGCGCACUCGACGUCGGCACGUUCACCGGAGCUUCGGCUCUUGCUUGGGCGCUCGCAGUGCCGGAGGACGGUGAGGUCUUCACUUUUGACAUCGAUCACACCAAUUACCGCAAGUACGGCGUGCCAAUUCUCUCCAAGUGCGAGAAGACGUUCAAAAAGAUUCACGCCGUCGAGGGACCGGCUGUCGAGAGUCUGGACAAACUGAUCGCCGAUGGUCAAGCUGGAACCUUCGACUUCGCCUUCAUCGACGCCGACAAGACCAACUACAGCAACUACUACGAUAGAGUGGUCACUCUUCUCCGCAAGGGAGGCGUUAUCUUUGUUGACAACGUAAGAAACUUUCAGGUGCACUUUUGUUUUCACUUUUCGAAUAAUUUCAGAGUCUGUGGCACGGAGCGGUCUGCGAGCCAUCCAGGAGAACUGAUCCCACCUGCAUUGCCAUUCACGAGAUGAACGACAAAAUCUACCAGGACGACCGUACCUAUUCGGCGCUUCUGAACCUCGGAGACGGAACUCACGUCGCUUUCAAGAAGUAA